UCCGCCUCCCCCGGGGCUCCCUCAGGUUCCGCCUCCCCGGGGCUGUGGUUCGCACUCUGCAGCCUCUGCACCGGCCUCUUCCUCCGGGUCGCUCCCGCAGUCCUCCGCCAUGUCUGCCCGCUCUGCUCUCCCACACCCGCGGGUCACCGAUUACCCGUCGGUCAAGUCCGGUCACAGGUGUCCCCGCCCAGGCAGAGAUUCAUCCAAUCCCACGAGUGUCAUCUCUUCAGUCCACGCCCCUCCACCAAUCACAAUUAGGAAGCUCCAUAUAGGCCCCGCCCCCUUCACGGGAAACUUUCUCAUCUCCGGGGAUGAUCCUCACAACUUCUAGCCCCGCCCAUAAACACGCGGUGGUCACGCCUACUAACCCUCUUUUCUCUUUGAAUCCAAGUUGUAGCCCCGCCUCCUGCAUAAGACACGCCCACUACGCCAGGCAUCCAAUCGUUCAGCGGAUUCGUCUGGUACUUUACUGUGUUUUACUGGGAUAUGUAGUCCUGUCACAGUGGCCAUGUGCUCAGUGACGUCAAUGUGGGGGCGGGGUUUUAGCGACGUAAAAGUCGCGGAUUGGUUGAGAAGUUCUGGCGGAAAUUGUUGGCUCCCGGUGAUUGAUUCCAGCUGAAGUAACAUGACCGGGAAACGGAGACCACCGAGGAAUGUUCCGGGGGGCGGAGGGCGGAGCUUGUCCUGGCGUAAGCAGAAGUCAGUCCUGAUCCAUGAAGCUCUGACCCAGGACCCUGUGGAUGUGGAGACCCUGCGGGCGGCAGCGGUCACUGAGGGUGGGCUCCUCGGUCAGGAGGUCCGGCGCAGGGUGUGGCCCAAACUACUCAACAUCAAUGUAUUCUCCCUGCCUGCCAAACCAGGACCCGCCAUCCGCACCAAUCACCGCGAUUAUAACCAAGUGCUGAUGGACGUCAGACGCUCGCUCAGGAGGUUUCCUACCGGAAUGGCGUCGGAGGAGCGUUCGGUGUUGCAGGAGCAGCUGAUAGACAUGAUCCUGUACGUCCUCCGCUCUCACCCUGAGCUGCACUAUUACCAGGGUUACCAUGAUGUGGCAGUGACACUACUGCUGACUGUUGGCCUCCGGCUGGGCACCGCCAUGCUACAGACACUCUCUACACACCAUCUCCGAGACUUCAUGGACCCCACGAUGGAGCGAACCCGCUGUGUCCUGAGCUACCUGAUGCCGCUGAUCCAGAGCGAGAGCCCCGCACUGCACGACUUCCUGCUCAGGUCAGAAGUCGGCUGUAUUUUCGCUCUCAGCUGGUUGAUCACAUGGUACGGACACGUCCUCAGCGACUUCCACAAAGUCCUCCGUAUGUACGACUUCUUCCUGGCGUCUCAUCCCCUGACUCCUGUCUAUUGUGCCGCACAGAUGGUGCUGUUGCGGGAGGAUGAGGUCCUGCAGGGUGACUGUGAUCUCCCCACUGUCCAUCAGCUUCUGUCCACGAUCCCCAACGACUUCCCGUAUGAGACCCUGAUCGCCCGCACCCACAGUUUGUUCCAGAGACACCCCCCGACCCAGCUGGAGCGGCAGACGUCUCUACAGCGGCUAAAGAGUAUCUCGUCGUCGUCGUCCUUCCGCUCCCUGCAGAUCUCCAGCGCCCAGCAGCGCCCGGACUUCGUGCUCCGUCAACAGGUGACCCCAACAAGUGACGUGCUGCCCGUCCGCUCACAGAACACCCUUGUGAAGCUGGCUGUAUGGGGGAUCUCUGCCUCCCUGGGGGCUGCUGCUCUGGCGGUGACUCAGACUGCUAUGGAGUGGGGCCCCGAUUUACUGCUGGGACUAUUCUGAGGCUCCAUGGCAGCUACAAGUGAAAAGCAUAACAGAGGAGGCCCGACCAGAGGGGGCGGGGAGUGGGAAGAGCAAA